AUGGAUGCCAUGCCAGAGUAUUCCCUCUUCCUUGUGAGGAUUUUGGAGGAAUUGGAUACCAAGUACAGUACUGUUUCCUACCAGGACCUUUGUAAGUCCCUUUGUGCCAGGUUUGACUUGGUCCAUUUGGCUAAGCUGAGGAGUCUGCUAUUCUACACAGCAUGUUUGGAUCCGGCUUUCCCAGCAACCUUAUUCAAGGACAAGAUGAGGUGCUCGGUGGAGGAUCAACAAUCCAAGAAGCUCAUGGUGGCGGCUGAUAUCGUUACCAUGUUUAAUCUCAUCCAGAUGAAUGGAGGUAUGGCCAAAGACAAGCUGCCAAUGGGUCCAAGACCCAAGUUUCACAAGAACCAGUCAUUUGAGUCCUGUCGAUCUGACACGGAUGUGUAUAAAUACAAUGACAAUGACAGGGCGUACAAACUUUUGGACACCAGGGGUCAUCACGUAUCUCGAAAUUCACCCAAAUCUGACUGCAACAGCUGCCAGCAGUUUAUACCAACCUCAGACCCCAACUUCCUCCUGGGAGUCACCAAGGAUCUGAAAUGUAGGGCAGCCUCUCUAGAUAAACUACAGCAUCUGCCACAGUAUGCCAGCGUCAGUCCUCCUCCGUGCGAGAUGCAGAGCACUUACUUCCCCAUGGACAUCGACAGCGAGUCUACCACAGACCAGGAAUCUCUCCACACCAACCCAGGGAUCAAGGAUGUUUACGUGUCCAGCGGAGAGCCUUUCACCGUGCACUCCUGUGUGCAAAAGCGGAAUAUCUUCAAAGAGGAUUUCCACAACCUUGUUGCCUUUUCGCCCCAUGUGAUUACCACAGAGUGCAGAGCGAAUCCCAAAUCUGGUGGCAAUUACCACCACAGGAGGGAGCUGAGCAAGCCUCCCACGUUCUUCAAUCAUAGUUUUGAGCUGCCGUACAGCAACCCUUACUUUGAACCCGUCAACUCACCCAUCCAGAACAAAGGGCGGGUCAAGCACGAGAGCCUGGAUGACUUGCAAGCGUCCACUUACUUUGGACCCACAACAGUUUCUGAGUGUGUGAGCAACAGGAGAACUUCUAGCAAGCAUGGCAGACAGCCAGCCUGGCCUGUCAAGAGCUUGAGUUUGAAUACAGAAGAAGGUCCUGAUUUUGAGAGGUCCUUCUUGAACGGCAAAGUGCCAAAGGACAAUCACCGUCAUCACAUUGGCACCAUGGAGAAUGACCAACACUUUCAGUGUGCAAAGGACAAGCCCACUGCCUCUCCCUCAGGUUUCUCCAAGAAGUCCAAUGGAAGCAAAACUAAAGACAUGUCUUCUGUUGCUUGUGGACCUGGUAUUGAGAAAAGAGAGGUUGGUAGAAGGUACAAGGACAAGAGUAUGAAUUGUCCAUCAUUUCAGUCAAGUAAUGUGGACAAUGGCAUGAGUGUUGGGACUCAGACGGAACAACAUGAGUCCAGGAAGGUGAAAGAUUAUCCCAGUCAAAACAAAUUUAAAGAGAGGCCACCCUUUAAACACUCAGAGGAAGACUCUGAGAUCGUCAGCGACAAUAUUAGUGACAUCUUUCGCUUUCUGGAUGAUAUGAGUGUGUGUGAAUCUCUUGGAGUUGUGCAGCCAUCGUGCUAUAACAGCAACGGCUCACUGUCUCAGGUGACUAAAUCAGAUGGGGACAGCUCACCUGAACGAAACACUAUUAAGAUCGGCAAAACUGGGAUCAAGCUCGACCGACUGUUCCAGUCACUGGAGAACUCUGAUGAUGAGCUCAAAGAGAGUGUUUGCAAACUGGUACUCAGGAUUGGUGAGAUUGAGAAGAAGCUUGAGUCCCUUUCAGGGGUGCGAGGGGAGAUCUCUCAGGUGCUCUCUAAGCUUACUAGGCUGGAUGAAAAGAUUCAAGAGCCGGAGGUGAAUGGGAAAUCGAGUGAUGGUGGUCUGGUGGAACAGAUAAAGACUGACGCCAACCUCUCGCCACAUGUUUUUCAAUGUCACACCACUGGGCACAACAUGAAGGUGGAAAAAAGCCCAGAGUGGUGUUGCUCGGAAGCUGAUGGGAGUGAAAGCCUGAGGGUAAAAGCUUUAAAGAAAAGUGUUUUCACACGCAGGUCGUCCAGGUCACUCAAUGAGGAAAACAGCGCCACUGAGUCCAAAGUGACUAGCAUCACCAAUUCACCUCGAGACUGGAGAACAGUUUCUUAUUCCAGUCACACGGGGGAGGAAGGCAAAGAAAGAGAUCGGCAUAGUGAAAGCAAAGAACGGCAUAGGAAAUCCCGAGAGGCGGAGCGUCAGUAUGAAGCUCAUCAGGGCCACCGCUCCUCAAAGCCGCCCAAGGACUCCUACCUGGUGGAGCAGGUGUUCAGUCCACACCACUUCCCUCCCACUGUCAAGACUCACGUGAAGGGCAGUCCUCUUUACACGGACCUGCGUCUGACGGGCCACGCGGACGCCAAACGCUCACAGCCCUCCUGGACCAUUGAAGAGUACAAACGCAACUCAGGAGACAAGAACAAGCUCAGCGCAUUGGACCUGCAGGUCCAGGAAUCACUCAACCCCAACAAUCUGGAGUAUUGGAUGGAGGACAUCUACACGCCAGGCUAUGAUUCGCUGCUCAAACGCAAGGAGGCGGAGUUUCGCAGAGCUAAGGCGUGUAAAAUUGGCGUGCUGAUUUUCGCGGCCGCCUGCACUGUGAUACUGGUCAUCGUAGUGCCCAUUUGCACCAUGAAGUCUUGA